CCGUUGCUCUGACUUCUGGACUUUACACCGCAAAGCAACUCUAACUUCCUUAUGUGAGUUCUUCACAUACUUUGAAGGUUUGCUGGUGAUAUUUUGGGGAGUUCAACAACCUGGACGUCCUACCAAGAUCCUAUUGACACUUCCCUUGCUGCUGAAGCCUAAGACCUUCAAUUCAGAAACAGGGGAAACCACUGAGGCCUACAGUGAGGGGGUCCUUGUUAAACGUUUCUGAACCAACCCAACCCACUCGGAGCAGACAGCAAAAACAACGGGAACUGUGAACCUGCAGGCUGCAAAAAGGAGACCCCAAACACAUCCUUCUACUGAUUGUUCAAAAGAGUGGACCCAACAAGUCAUGCAACAAAUUUCAUUCCACUUCUACCUUCUUCUUUUAGAAGAGCUUCUCUACCAAAACAGGAAGAGAAUGCACAUCUGUGUACCUCUACAUGUAUCAGGACUUAUUGGAGCCUUGAAUUUUGCAGUGAAUUUCCAAAAAAUAGAAGAGAUAAUAACAUGCAGUGCUUCAUCAGCUAAGAAAAUCAGUCCCGGUUCUCUUCACUCUAUAAUCCUGACCUGCUUCAGGCAUUUGAGCCCCAGAAGGUGGAGGUUAAAUAGACUGAGGGUGAAGAGAUGUGAAGAAAAUGCUUUACUUCCUAUUAUUGAUUUGAGAGUUUGAUGAAAAUAUAUUUUGCCUGAAAGUGCCUCUACUUGGACCAAAGAAGAUUUUUCUAUGUAUAUAAUUUACCCAACGUCAAUAAUUUCACUGAGAAGUAUCAGAAAUUAUGGCAUGAUCUCUGUGAACAAAGCGUUACAAGGAGUUGCGUCAGAGGCAGUAUGGCGUUAGCUCUGUGAGACCGGAUCCCUGGUCCCUGCACCACGGUCACUCUCAGUUCCAGUGCUUGUCCCAGUGGAAUCGGUCCCUUGGGGAUCUCUGCUCUUGAUUGUGGCAGUCAUUUCUGGUGCCUCAACUACAAUCUGUCCUUCCAGUCUUCCUUAACGACUGAGUCACACGUCUACCCCAGACAGAUCCCUAGUAGAGACAACUGGGAUUGGCCAGACUGGCUUUGACCUACUGCAUUUCAUCCCGAGAGGCUGCUGCACUGAAUAAUAAUAAAGAUUCCAGCCAGAAUUUCUUGAGGCUGUUUAAUGGACACAUUUACAGUGGCGUGGAAACUCUGGGGAAGGAGCUCUUUAUGUACUUUGGGCCAAAAGCUUUACGGAUUCAUUUUGGAAUGAAAGGCUCCCUCGUGAUUAAUCCAGUUAAGUCUAAAAAUAAAAAUGGACUUUCCCCUGUGUUUGAAGUACAGCUCUCCAAAGAUCUGAUUUGUUUCUUUGACUCAUCAGUAGAAAUCAGAAACUCAGCAGAAAGCCAACAGAGAAUAAGAAUGAUGGAAGAAUUAGACGUAUGUUCACCUAACUUUAGUUUCUCAAGAGCAGAAAGUGAAGUGAAAAAGCAGAGAGGACGGAUGCUGUGUGACGUGUUAAUGGAUCAGAAAGUGUUGCCCGGGGUGGGAAACAUCAUCAAAAAUGAAGCUCUCUUUGACAGUGGUCUUCAUCCUGCUGUUAAAGUUUGUCAGUUAACAGAUGAACAGACACAUCACCUUGUGAAAAUGAUACGUUAUUUCAGCCUUCUUUUUUACAGGUGCCACAAAGCAGGAUCUGCUGUCUCUAACCACUAUAAGGUUUACAGGCGUCCUAAUUGUGGUCAGUGCUGCUGCAAAAUAACUGUGUGUCGCUUAGGGGAGAAUAAGAGAAUGACAUAUUUCUGUCCUCACUGUCAGAAGGAAAAUCCUCAACAUGUUGACGUAUGCAGGCUGCCAGCUAGAAAUACUACAGUCAGUUGGCGAUCUAGCAGAGGGGGUCAUCUUAUGGACUCUGUGGCCCGGAAAUCUGAAGAGCAGUGGACAUGUGAGGUCUGUACGCUAAUAAAUAAGCCGUCUUCUAAAGCAUGUGAUGCUUGCCUGACUUCAAGGCCUACGGAUUCUGUACCUAAGAAUGAAGAAAAUCCUAUCGCCUUUACCAGUUUAGUGAAAUACCCUUGUAAUAGCUUUGGAAAACCAAGGACGGAAGUGAAGAUCAACAGGAAAACUGCAUUUGGAACUACAACCCUUGUUUUGACGGAUUUCAGCAAUAAAUCCAGUGCUUUGGAAAGAGAAGAAAGCCCAAACCAGAUACGAGAUGGGGAAUUUCCAAACCCUCCUACUAACGUUUGUUUUAGUGAUACAGUGCACCCCUCCAAGGAGAGAACAAACUCUAAAACUCAACUAUCUAACAAAGUAAACAUAUCAUCUAUGGUCUGCUCUCCAUCUAAAUUAUUUAGUCCAGCAUAUAAAAGAUUAAAAACAACCCACUGCUCAUCACGGGAUCUCAAAAGUGGCAACCCUGGAUUUUCUAACAGGGAGCUUCAGAGUAACAUGACAGGUGGUCCUCGUUCAUUAAAUGCCGGCAGUCCCCGCUGCAGUAAACAUGACCACCCCUGCGUUCUCCACGUGGUGAGGAAGGAUGGAGAAAACAAGGGCAGGUGCUUUUAUGCUUGUCCUCUACCGAGAGAAGCACAAUGUGGAUUUUUUGAAUGGGCAGAUUUGUCCUUCCCAUUCUGCAGCCAUGGCAAACGCUCCAUCAUGAGAACAGUGUUGAAGAUUGGACCUAAUAAUGGAAAGAAUUUUUUUGUGUGCCCUCUUGGGAAAGAAAAACAGUGCAAUUUUUUCCAAUGGGCAGAAAAUGGGCCAGGAAUAAACAUUAUUCCAGGAUGCUAAAGUUAUUGCAAUAUUCGAGAACUCUUCAUUUUAUUUGUGUGCCAUCUUUUCAUUCAAUUUUUUUUGCCUUGAUGAGUGCUAUAUGGGUUUUAUC